UUAACUUUCAGGGCUUUUUUAGCACCAGCAAAGCAAAACCUCCCCAACAGACGGCUCUCACUGUACGUAAGAGUACAACGCUGUCUCAGGAGACAAAGGGAAACACAGCUGUAAAUGAAAAUGUUCAAGAACACAGUGAAAGUGAAAAAGAAAAUGGUGCAAAAGAUAAAAUUGUCAGUAUUGCUGAAGAGACAUGUUUGUCACCCUCAGUCAAAAAUUUGAGUAUUAAUGAUCCAAAGACUGCUGAGGAGAACACUGAGAGGAACAAAAAUGUUGAAAUUCUUGUGAAAAACAAAGAGAGACAAGCGAAGAAUGAAACCGUAGUCAUUACUCAGAACAGCCUGGAGCAUACACUUUCUGUUGAGCCUACUAAAGAAGAACCUACUAUACUGCAGGAUAACACUCUACAAACGGGAGGAGGUGUCAGGAGUCUUUUCUCUGCUGUGAUGUGUCAGGAAGCUGACCUCAUUGUGUCUGAUGGAGAGGGAGAGAAAAUGACAGGGGUCUUGGUCACCACAAAAGAAAAUGUGGAUGCUAAGUCAGUGGAAAAAGAUGUGACUGCAGCAGUUAAAAGAGAAGAAACAUGCUUACCGAGUGACAGUAUACAGCAGGAGUCAAAUCCACUGGGAGGUGUUUGUGAAGAGCUCUCUGUCAGGUCUGAGGUGAAACCUCUUUCAUCUAUCCCAUCUCCUGCUGCAGGCUCAGAAACAGACAGUGUGCUCCCUAGUCACUCUACUAAAAGUACAUGCAUAUCACAGCAGGAUCAAAAGCCAAAUCCUGAACAGCCCCCUGUGAUUUCAGAGGAACGUCCUCAAACAAAACCUGGAGAGCAGAUAGAUGAGCUGCAAUAUCCAACAGACUCGGGUCAUGAGAAUGGAAAAGUCACAGAAAUUGCUAUUGAUGUUGUGUGUACAAAGGACUCUACUCACCCUGCUAUGGAUGUGCCUGGUCCAGUGGAACCAAUUUUUCCCCUGCCCAGCUUUCAGAAUGAUCCUAAAGUGCCUAUUGUUCUCAGGCCUCCUGGCCCUAUGCUGAGUCACUGGGAGUUCAUUAAUGACUGUGAUGCUUCUGUCCCAGGAGAGGAAGUGCAGUGCCGCUCUGACCAUUACGACAAUAGAAGUGACGUUGAAGUAGGGGUGAGAGGUGAGAUUUCAAAAAGCGAUACUGUUGAAAAAACUGAAGAACAUUCUGGGGCUGUGGAGGAAAAGGGAGAAAACAAAGUCUCCUUCUCUAUGGAUGUCUUGGCAGCGGAUAUGAUAGCUGUUCGUGCUUCUUCCUUGCUAAAGGCCCAGUUAGCACCUAAUGAAAUAGAACUGCAGGAAACUGAUUUGGCAGGAGAGAGCCUACAAGAUGAUGAAAAUGCAAAUGAGAGGAAAGAUACUGUGAUAACUGAGAAUGUUGGAGAUGGACAAUCUAAAAUAGAUGUCACAAGGCUAUCACAGAAGCAAUUAAAUACUGAUCAUGGAAGAGAUUCAGUCUUUACACCUACAAAAGGCAUAACUGCUACUUCUACAGGACAAGAUGCUGAGCAAAGUGCUGCAAUGACUGAAUUGUUAUGCAAUUCCUAUCACUGUGGCGACGGCAAGUUUUACGAACGCUAUGAUGCAGUUUCUGAAUCCGGUGGCACUAAGCCGAAGAUGUCAACAGCAGUUAAGUUUGACCUUUCCUCUGAACAUGCCAGCUCAGAAUCAGUAGAUAUCAAAGCUAAUAUUCAGGCCUCAGUGUCUGCCACUUCUAAUUACUUAACAGAUAUAGAAAGCUCUGUUCCUGAGGAAUCUUCUGGGGUGCAGUCUUUUGAAUCAGUCUCCUCUGUAACAGCUCAACUCAUUGCCUGUGAUACCAACACAAAUCUUAGCAAGAUACCUACAGAGCAAACACUGAAUUUUGUUGAAGAUGGCACAGCUGUUGUAGCUGGAGUAUUAACUUAUCUUUCAGUAAACACAGAAGGAAUGCAUCAAGAAUUUCAUGAAGGAGAAAAACAGAUGAUUAAUUUACAGUCACGAGAGGACCCACAGAAUGCAAAUGAGGUUAAGCCGCAUAAAGAACAAUCCAGUACAGUUAAACAUAAUAUCUCUGAUGAUAAAAAGUAUUGUGAUGAGCAGUCAUCUGAGAACCUAAGUGCAGACAAUGAGCAAGUGGCUAAAGAUCUUAGAGAAGAGGAAACAAGCACUUCAGAAGAGCAGCAUGAAGAAGGAAUGGAAAAAGAACAUAGACAUAAAAAUCUGAAAUUACUAGGUGUGGAACUUGAGGUUACACCAAAAGAGAAAAAGGACAGCAAAGAACAAAAACACGUGGAUAAAACAGUUCCAGGACAAACUUUCAAGGCUGCUGUUCUGUCUGAUCCUGGCGUGGUCUCUUCAGGGCUUCUAAAGGAAGAUCAGAGUUGUGGUAGGUCAUUGAUUGAGGGCACUGAUCUGUUCAUGGAUCAGAACCUGUCUGCAAUGCUGCCAGUGGUGCAGGAGUCAUGCUAUGAGAAGGACUACACAAGUGAAAAGAAGGCAGUGAAUGAAUUGGAUUUGGCACCUGUCCUGAAUAUGAACUCUCAUCCUCCAGGUCUACAACAUCCACAGAAACAGAAUGCCACAGAAAGAGUGUUACACGAAGGUUUAGAGAAGCAUGAACGUGUCUGUCAAGAAGAUGCCAAAGUUAGCUGUCAUAGUUCUGAAGAGGAGCCCAAAGGGAUUUUAGAAAGUAAAGAAGGAGCUGAGACCUCCUGUAGUGGUUUAGCAAAGUUGGAGAGUGUCAUAAUGCUAGGAGGUGAUGAAAAUAAGAUUACUGAGGGUGAAAUGUGUCAUGUGUCAACGAAAAGUGAAAAGGAACUCAAAACCGAACUAGCUGACCUUGGAAAUGUAUCUCCCAUAAUCAAAACCACAUCGUCUGUUUUGAGUGAACCUAGUACAAAAAAGAUAGACACUAGCCAAGUAGACCAGAAGGUGGAGAAAGAAAAUGAAGGGGGUAAAUUGCCAGGCGUUUCAGCAGCAGCUACUGAAAAUACUGGGAUUAAACAUGAAUUUGGGGAACUAUCAGGAUCUGUCAGGACAGCAUCACAUGAAAGUGAGAACAAACCUCCAGCUUGUACUAGUGAAUCAGAGGUCAAUGUGGAUAAAUCUGGGAAUCUGGAGAACACCUUAGCUGACCCCUAUAAAGUUGUAGAACUGGCUAUGAAUGAUUCAACCAAGCCUGUUGAGAAUUCCAGUAGCUCACACAAAAAAGAGGACCAGUUUUUGACCGCAGUUGUCCUUGGCAACAGCAAUUGUACUGAAGUAUGCACCAGUCAGGCUGACAUUGUGUUGGCUUCUGUUUCUGGAACUCCUGGAGGUCUGUCUAGUGAGCAGGAGGCAGAGCCUACUGUCCAGUUCACUCUUAAGCAUACUCCUGAUAUUCUUGCCCCUUUGCUGGCUCCUGUGCUCCAAGAGAAAGCAGAAAAUGACAAUAUAGAUGAGCUACCUAAAGACAUGGAUAAUGCAGAUAUUACAAAUAAAGUUCAGUCUCACCUCAUGGAACUCCCUAUCACACCAUCUAAUCUAACUAACCAGGCUGAGACAAUGGCUUUGGAGGUAGGGCAACAUAACCACACAGCCCUUCUAGACCCCAGAAGGGUGUGUCAAGACCCAGUUCAUGAAGAGCAACAAAACACUGAAUUACUAUCUCUCAAAACAUGUACGGAGACUGAAGAGGAGGUCAAAAAGACUCAAGCAACAAUUUUAGCAAGUGAGUGCAGGAAGGAAGAGAUAGGUGGAUGCAAUGAGGAGAGAGGAGAGAAUGAGAACAGGAAAUUCACUGAAAUGUGUGAACGUGCUGAGACCAGGUCCUCAGAGCCCAAUCUUAAAGACAGAGAGGAAGGAAAUGAGAGCAAGUUAUCUGAAAACGUAGAGGAGAACUCUAUGUCCCUUAUAGUCAAAACAGAGAGUAGUGGCUCUGAUCUAUCAGCAUCAGGUGCUGCUGGAGGAUUGCAGUCUGAGCAGAAGCAGCCCUCUGUUACUGAAUCAUCAUUAUUCUCUGAAUCUUCUGCUGUCUCCAUGGUGACAAACACACAGGACUCCUCUCCGAUGUUACCCAGUCCUAGCACUCAGCCUGGUCAGGAGUCUAUGAAGUCCUUCAUUCAAAGUCUACGUGAAAAUGCCUCAGAAAGAGAAGAGAAUCAUGACCCAACAGAUAGUUCAUGUGGAGAGGUGGACUUCGUUCAAGUCAGCAAUGAAAUACAGAAGGAAAAGACUGAUUGUAGUGAGGACAGCAAACAAGUAUUAAAAGAUGAGGAGAGAUCAGUUAGUCCGAUCACUAGCGUGUCACAAGAUGAGGAUGUUUCUGGCUGCCUAGUUCAAGCUGUUGGCCCUGUUAAGGAGAUGAAUCUAGAGACUGUGAGACAAGACACAGAGGGAUCAUGUGAGAGUUUGGACUGGCUCAAAGCAAUGAGAGAGGCAGUGGCCAUUUCUCAGACUUCACAGGAGUGUAAGGCUGAGAUCCCUCAUGGACUUGCAGACAACAGACCAUUUGAGACCCUUGAUUCACCUCAAGCUGAAUUAGAGUUCCAGACACCUACUGAAGAGAGCAUUCCCCCAGUGAAGGAACAGCCAGAGGAGCCACCAGACAGCAGAUCCCCGGAGAGAGAAGCAGCUGAAGGAAGUGAGCCUGUACCUUUUUUCCCCCCGCCCCCAGAGGAGCUCCUCUUCCCUCCUCCUCCCCCUGCUUACCUGCUCCAGGACAGUGCUGAGUUCCCUACCCCACCUCCCACACCCCCAGAGAGGGAUCUCUCUGAGCCUGAGCCCGAGCCUGAGCCCGAGCCUGAACCCGAGCCCCAGCCUGUACCCCACGCCAAGCCUGUGCUCGAGCCCCAGCCUGAACCUGAGGCCAAGUCUGAGCCUGAGUCUGAACCCAAGGUCAAGCCUGAGCCUGAACCUGAAACCAAGGUUAAGCCCAAGCCUAAACAAGAGCCCCAGUCUAAGCCUGAGGCCAAGUCCGAGCCUGAGUCUGAACCUGAAGUCAAGCCUGAGCCUGAAACCAAGGUUAAGCCUGAACCCAAGCCUGAGUCUGGGACUGAAUCCAAGGUUAAGUCUGAGCCCAAGCCUGAGCCUGAAGUCAAGGUUAAGCCUGAGCCCAAGCCUGAGCUUGAAUCCGAGGCCAAGCCUGAACCCAAGUCUGAACCUGAGGCCAAGCCUGAACCCAAGUCUGAACCUGAGACCAAGCCUGAACCCAAGUCUGAACCUGAGCCCAGGCCUGAACUUGUACCUGCUCUUCCCUCUGAUCCACCUCAAGUUCCAGCUAAUGCAAGUCUCCCCCCUCAUUACCAGCAAGACCAGCAGUGCGGCCCGCCAGCCAGGAGCUCAGACUCUGACGGUGCAUUUGAAACUCCUGAAUCCACCACCCCUGUGAAGACUGCUCCUCCAGUGCCCCCAGUCGAGCAGCCAGAGCCCAACACACAGCCUCUGCCCUCCUUAAACACAGACUCCUGUCCUGGCUCAGUCUCUACAGCAGAUGCUUCUGCCAGUGAUGAGCUCGAUCCUCCUCUUCGUCCUCCCAGUCGCUCCGCCUCCACUGUCUUUGACGAGGACAAGCCCAUAGCCAGCAGUGGCACCUACAACCUCGACAACGUACUCGCCGUUGAGCCCUUCUCUGCAUCGUCUUUUGGUUCGGGCCCAUCUGGCCAACAGAGUCGUACACCUUUAACCCGCUCACUAAGCCUCCAGUCAGGGGAGUUAGACAGCCCUGGAGAUAGGCCUGCAGGGGGCACCGCUGAUAAAUCAAUCCACCCACGGGCAGAGUCCUUCAGCAUAGGCACAGAGAGUGCCCCGGGGACCCUUCGCAGGGUUAAAAAGCCUCGGCCCGGCUCUCUAAAGAAGAAACCUUUAUCCAGGCAGAACUCCAACCCCGAGAGUUCAACUUCCAGAACCGGCUCCUCCAGCAGCACACCAGAGGUGAAGAAGAGGGAACACCCCCUUGCAGAAAGCUCUCCACAGACCCAGGACGAACAGGAGCAUCCUGCAGCCUCACCCAGCCCCAGCCCCAGCCCCAGCCCUAGCCCUGCUGGCACUCUCAGGAGGAGCAGGAUCAAGCCUAGAGUUGAGAGCCCACCACCUGUAGCUGAAGAGAGUAGCCCUGCUCCAGUACCGGUGACCACAGAGCCCCAGGAAAAGCAUCCACCUGUCCCGGACGAGGAUUCACCUAUCCCUCCCAGCGCAAGCUACAAAUGGGACCCGGACAACUUUGAGAACAUCGACCCGUUCCACACAGGCGGCAGUAAAAUUGCUAACUCUCCUGUCUUGGGUAGGAAAACUGACUUUGCUCCUGUCCCAGAGCCCCCAAGAAGCAUCCCUGCUGAGGAGUACCCUGCUUCUGCCCCCACUGAAUCCCCCACAGAGCAACCCCUCAACAUUGAGGAGCAGCCAAUCACCAAGCGGCAGCCCAUCAGACUGGAGUUUGAUUACUCCGAGGAGAGUGGAGAGACGCCACAGAACGCCCCUCUCCCUCCGAAGAAGCUAGGCAAAAAGUCAGGGGCCAAAAUGCCCCUCAGAAAGCCAAAGCUGGGGAUUAAGAAAGCCCCCCCGCCACAAACAGAGCAGCUAGACAAUGCCCCUGCUGCAAUACUUUCAAAUGACAAUGAAGACAUUUCAAUUCCCAAAGUAUCAUACAACUUUGAUGCCAGCAAAUGGGAAGACCCUAAUUUUAAUCCCUUCUCAGCAGGCAAAGGUAUCCCCAACUCCCCUACUCAAACCAGGGCAAGCUACAGCUUUGACCCAGACUCAUUUGAUGACUCCAUAGGCCCCUUCAAGCCAUCCAAUAAAAUGGGGAAUUCUCCACCUAAGGCAGCAUCUUUUGAAAUCUCCAGCAAUGACAACGAAAAUGACAAUGAAAACAUUGGUGAGCUAGAGGAUCACAACCAGAAUAAACCAGCCAAAAACAAGAAAAAGCCACUUAAAUCUAAUACGUUUAGAGUGAAAAGGUCUCCAAAAAGGACCCCUGUAAAUGAUACUUCUGCGCAGUGUUGUCCUGUGUGUUCUCCACUUUCGCCCACCAUCUCACACACACACAAUCACCUGCAGGACACCCCGGCUGACACGAUGUCCGAUCACGCGCAGGACCACGCCACGGAUGAAGAGAAACUGGCCUCCUCCACCAACCAGAAGUGGGCGGCUCGGCAUGAUGUGGAGGCAGAGCUAACGUCUGAUGUCCAGGACUUUCCUCAGCCCUCUGACCUCACGGCCUUCGUCAAUGAGAGCAACUUACCUGCACAGAGCCAUGACUAUGAGAUUGAAUACAUGGAGAAGAUUGGCACCUCUACACCACCUCUCCCAGUGAAGAAACCCUCUCUGUACCUAAAUCUGGAUCCAGUUACAGACAGUCCUAAGCAGAGCUCCACAAUGCACGAUUCAGGACCCAACACUCCCUGCACAGGGAGUUUUGAGGAGAUGGAGGCUCAAAUCUCAGCAGAGGGGAAAUCUCCUGUGCUGCCGUCCCGUGGAGUCCCCGAAACCCUGACCUCAGAGAAGAGCCGAAAGAGGGAAAGCCAGUCUCAGAGUCGUGCUCAGAGCAGUGAACGAGAUGGAGCGUCCCCCUCCCAGGGCCCCACGGACCCCGCUGAUCUGUCCCUCUUAGACAGGCUUAGUGAGUCAACUGCCCCCCUCAGCUACCUGGAACCUGACCUGGCAGAGACCAACCCUACCGCCUUCGCCCAAAAACUGCAGGAGGAGCUGGUGCUCGCAGCCCUGAGGAUUGAGGCUCUGCAGGUAGCCAAAAACAUCUCUCAGAGCCCUUCUCUAUCCACUGUUUCCCCUCAGUCUCGGCUUAAGAAGCCCAGCCCACGCCGCUGGAAUAUCAACGGUUCUGCCAUGGCUAAAAAGUCUGCAGGCAGGUCCGCUCAGACAGAAGUAAAACUCUGUCGAAGAACACCCCAUUUUGCACAGCAAAGAGAGCUGGCUUCCCCUGUGGACAGUGGUGUGUCCAAAAGCUCCUUAUACUCCCGGACAGGCUACAGCGAAACAGAAAGCCCCUACCUACCCCGGGACUUGGACCACUCACUGGGCAUAGCUAGAGAAGAGAUUGUGUCCAAGGAAAAAGAAGUGCUGGAGUGGCAGAGAAAGUAUGAGGAGAGUCAACAGGAACUACAGGAGAUGAAGAGGAUAGUUGCAGAGUACGAAAAGACAAUUGCACAAAUGAUCGAAAAGCCUCUUGUGCUCCCGGACUCAACCACUGGCAUGCCAGAGGAUGAACAGAGGGAGAAGUCUCUGUCGCAUCACACCAUCCAGCAGCUUAUUCUGGAGAAGGACCAGGCACUGGCAGACCUCAACUCAGUAGAGAAGUCUCUGGCCGAUCUGUUCCGCCGCUAUGAGAAAAUGAAAGACGUUUUAGAAGGCUUCCGCAAGAAUGAAGAAGUGCUGAAGAAAUGUGCACAGGAAUAUCUGUCACGGGUGCGCAAGGAGGAGCAGCGCUACCAGGCCCUGAAAAUUCACGCUGAGGAGAAACUGGAUAAGGCCAAUGCAGAAAUCGCCCAAGUGCGUGCCAAAGCUAAGCAGGAGCAGGCAGCGUACCAGGCCAGCCUGAGGAAAGAACAGAUGAAGGUGGAUUCACUAGAACGCACACUGGAUCAGAAGAACAAAGAAAUCGAGGAAUUAACCAAGAUCUGUGAUGAGCUGAUUGCCAAAAUGGGGAAGAGCUAGCUACCCAUCACAUGAGCUCUGUCCACAACUCUAUGUUGGACAGAAUAAUGAACUCCAGAUCUUCAACACUACUGAUGUUCUACAUGAAACUGGACUCCCAGGGACUGGGAGGACACUCUGGACUAUGACUCCACUGUAAUUACUGUCCGUUUUGAUGUUUUAAUGUGCACCAACUUACCUGUAACAGGGGUCUUGUGGAAGUUUUUAGAGAUGUGCUCCCCAUCAGUAAAGAUAUAUUAUGAGAGUCUGUGUGUGUGUGAGAGAGAGAGAGAGACCGUGAGCGAGUGUGUGUGCUUGGAGUGACGGUGAGGUUAACUGCUAUGUUGCCAUGACAACCACUGAUGGAGCCGACUGUUAAAACUAAUUCCUGUGGUACCCUCUUUGAACUUGAAAACACAAGUGAUGAUAAAGAUAAUAUCUAUAUAUAUGAUUCUGAAAUUAUUAUUAAAAAAGCAUGUGAUAGAAUCAGAACUUCCUUUUUUUCUGUGGAUAUGAGCUGAAUAUAGUAAAGGAACACAUCUGCGUUUUUUGAUACUGUUUAAACUGCUUCCUUGCCUAUCUUUUUGUAGAUACUCUGUUUUAUUUGCCACUUAGCAAAACUGGUGUGAUUUUAUUUUGUUAAAUUUUUUUUCAAAAUGUUAAUGAGCAUAAUGUCCUCCGUUUCUGGUCCUAAGGUAGCUAAUCGAUUUUGGAUGGGUUUGUCUCAGUCCUGCUUCAGUUGAUGUGGCACAGUAGAAGUUUCCCUAAAGAGGAACUCUACUCAGUUAUAAAGCACCUGCUUACAAAGUGCAAUAAAAGAUGGCAAUAAAACGGC